AUCUCAGGAAGCAGGCGAGGCAGCUGGAGAACGAGCUGGACCUGAAGUUGGUCUCCUUCAGCAAGCUCUGCACCAGCUACAGCAGCGGCAGAGACGGAAGGCGCGACAGGUAUAGCUCUGACACAACUCCUCUUCUAAAUGGAUCAAGCCAGGACAGAAUGUUUGAGACCAUGGCUGUGGAGAUUGAGCAACUUCUGGGAAAGCUGACUGGAAUCAAUGACAAAAUGGCAGAGUACACCAACAGCGCGGGAGUGCCGUCCCUGAACGCGGCGCUGAUGCACACCCUGCAGCGCCACAGAGACAUCCUGCAGGAUUAUACACACGAAUUCCACAAAACCAAAGCAAACUUCUUGGCAAUCCGAGAAAGGGAGAACCUGAUGGGAUCAGUACGGAAAGAUAUCGAAUCAUACAAAAGUGGCUCUGGUGUGAACAACAGAAGAACAGAAUUAUUCCUGAAGGAACACGAACACCUUCGAAA